AUGGACGAGCCUGUUUCGCCACCUACCGCCGGACCUUCGAGCAGACGCAUCUACUCUCUCACGGUCGUCCAGCAACCUGUACGAGCACGGAUGUGCGGUUUUGGCGACAAGGACCGACGACCUAUCUCUCCGCCCAUCAUCGUCAAGCUGAGUAGCACGGAUGCAGCGACGGGGAGGGAAGUGGAAGUUGAAGGCAUCGACCCGACAUUCCUCGUUCUCGCUGCGGACCUGCGCGGACCCAACGGCUGGGACGACGCGAACUUGGUCCAGCAGCACCGAAGCACUGCCUCUCGCCCAGAUCGCACGCCCAGCUUGCGCGCUUCGUCGACCACCUCGAGCCGCUCGCCUUCGCAGCACUCUCACGCGGACACGCCUUCGCCCUCUCCCACGACGCGAGAGGCGGUUUUACCUAAUGCGGAGCACAAGAUGAGCGUCUCGCGGUUGCUCUCGCUUGCCGAAGAAUCAGCGCGUCCGAUAGAGGCAGACAGUCCUGCGCAAUUAGCAGCAGGGCUUCCCGUCCUCCGACUUUCGCCCUCACAACCGCCUCCCGCUCGGCCAGUGCCGCCUCAGAACAAACGUUCUUCGCCCACCAGCUCUUCCUCAUCCUCCUCGAAACGGCACCGUCCCUCUCCGCCGCCCUCCGCCGCAUUUAUCCCCUAUGCACGCUUCAAUCGACCCGCCUACUCUGCCGACAGCGCGAGAACUUUGACGAAUGGCUCAUCGAGCGAGGACGGCGAGACGGAGGCUGCGCUAGUACCAAACCUGAUCGGCACUCUGCACACGAACGCGUACAAGCUGCGCGGCCUCGACGGCGAGAAGGGCGUGUACUUCGUCUUGCCCGAUCUGAGUGUCCGGACGGAAGGCGCUUUCCGCCUCAGAUUGCGACUUGUCGACCUGCGGCAGUCCAUGAGCGGGGCGAACAGCUUGUCAAGCGCUGCCGUCCUCACAGACAAGUUUCAAGUGUUCACCGCGAAGCGAUUCACGGGGAUGUUAGAUCCUACAUCCCUCUCGCAAUGCUUCGCGAAGCAAGGUGUCCGGAUACCGACUCGGCGAGCGGCGAAGGCGAAGAAUGCGGUCGAGCAGGGCGACGAGGUCAAGCAGGAGGAGGAGUGA